AUUGAUUGGUGUGUGAAAUUUUCUACUGGAGGGCGUAGAUUCGUGUCCAGAAACAAACAUUGGUUGAUGCGGUACAAGUUUGGCUAAAAGUGAGUCCUCCGAUUAACCUAGCUUGUAAAAGUGCGGACGGAAAUGGCGCAGGAGAAGAUUACCCUGGCCGAUGCACUUUCCAACGUGGAAGUGUUGGAUGAGUUGCCCUUGCCGGAUGAACAACCCUGUAUCGAAGCGCAGCCCUGUUCGGUGGUCUACCAGGCCAAUUUUGACACGAAUUUUGAAGAUCGAAAUGGCUUCGUCACCGGAAUUGCGAAGUAUAUCGAGGAAGCAACUACUCAUGCAAAUUUGAAUCAACUGUUGGACGAAGGUCAGAAGCAUGCCGUCAUGUUGUACACUUGGAGAUGUUGUUCUCGGGCGAUUCCGCAGCCCAAGUCCAACGAACAACCGAACCGUGUGGAGAUUUACGAAAAGACAGUGGAGGUGCUGGCGCCGGAGGUCAAAAAGCUGCUCAACUUCAUGUACUUCCAACGUAAGGCAAUCGAAGCGUUUUCCGGUGAGGUCAAACGACUGUGCCACACCGAAAAGCGUAAGGAUUUCGUUUCCGAGGCGUACCUCCUAACGCUGGGCAAAUUCAUCAACAUGUUUGCCGUGCUGGACGAGCUGAAAAAUAUGAAAUCGAGUGUCAAAAACGAUUACAGUACCUACCGGCGUGCGGCUCAGUUUCUGAAGGUGAUGAGCGAUUCUCACACCUUGCAGGAGUCGCAAAAUCUGUCCAUGUUUUUGGCCACGCAGAACAAGAUACGGGACACCGUCAAAGACACGUUGGAGAAGAUUAUGGGCUAUGAAGAGCUGCUCUCGGAUGUUGUGAACAUUUGCGUGCAUAUGUACGAAUCGAAGAUGUAUAUGACCCCAGAGGAGAAGCAUAUGCUUGUUAAGGUCAUGGGUUUCGGAUUGUUUCUGAUGGAUUCGGAGAUUUGCAACAUCAAUAAGCUGGAUCAGAAGAAGAAACUGCGACUGGACAGAAUCGAUAGGAUUUUCAAAAACUUGGAGGUAGUUCCACUGUUUGGUGAUAUGCAAAUUGCCCCUUUCAACUACAUUAAGCGGAGCAAGCACUUUGAUCCGAGCAAGUGGCCACUGUCCAGCUCGCAGGCGAUCAGUCCGCAGGCAGACUUGAUGGUGCAUUUGCCCACGAUUCGGGAGGACCACGUGAAGUACAUAUCGGAGCUGUCGCGCUACAGCAACGAAGUCACGACGACCUAUAAGGACAACGCAACCGAUGCGGAAAACAAGGCUACGGCCGAUCUUGCCCUGCGCGGCCUCCAACUACUCUCCGAGUGGACAUCGGUCGUUACGGAGCUGUAUUCGUGGAAGCUGCUGCAUCCAACCGAUCAUCACCAAAACAAGGAAUGCCCAGUGGAAGCCGAAGAGUACGAACGGGCCACCCGCUACAAUUAUUCCGACGACGAGAAGUUCGCCCUCAUUGAGGUGAUCGCCAUGAUCAAGGGCCUCCAGGUGUUGAUGGCUCGCAUCGAAACCGUUCUGUGCGAAGCGAUUCGUCGCAGCAUCUACGCCGAACUGCAAGAUUUCGUACAGCUGAUGUUGCGCGAACCGCUGAGAAAAGCGGUCAAGAACAAGAAAGACUUGAUCCGAUCGAUCGUGAUGUCGGUCCGAGAGACGUGCGCCGAUUGGCAGAAGGGAACUGAACCGGCACAUGAUCCGGCACUCAAGGGUAAGAAAGAUCCGGAUGGAGGGUUCCAAAUCAGUGUACCACGACUGAACGUGGGCCCAUCGUCAACUCAGCUGUACAUGGUACGGACCAUGUUGGAGUCUUUGAUUGCCGAUAAAUCUGGAGGCAAGCGGACUCUGCGGAAGGAUAUUGAUGGAUCUUGCUUGCUGCAGAUUGAUGCUUUCCACAAGCUCUCGUUUUACUGGACGUUCUUGUUAAGCUUCAGCGAGACUUUACAGAAAUGUUGCGACUUGUCACAGUUGUGGUACCGCGAGUUCUAUCUAGAAAUGACAAUGGGACGCAAAGUCAACAAAUGUACCGUUCGUCACCAGCACAACGAGGAAUGCAAUGACCUCAUAACGAUGGAGAAGCGAAUUCAAUUCCCCAUCGAGAUGUCGAUGCCCUGGAUCCUGACCGAUCACAUCCUCCGCACGAAGGAACCUUCGAUGAUGGAGUACGUGCUCUACCCACUGGAUCUCUACAAUGAUUCGGCCCUCUACGCCCUAACCAUCUUCCGGAAGCAAUUCCUUUACGACGAGGUAGAGGCCGAAGUCAAUCUGUGCUUCGAUCAGUUCGUAUACAAACUAAGCGAACAGGUCUUCGCCCACUACAAACAACUAGCCGGCAGUAUCUAUCUGGACAAACGCUUCCGCGUCGAAUGUGAGGUUCUCGGAAUUAACUUCCAAUCGCACCCGAGAAACAACCGGUACGAAACUCUCCUCAAGCAGCGGCACGUCCAACUGCUCGGACGCUCCAUCGAUUUGAACAAACUCAUCACCCAGCGUAUCAACGCCGACAUGCAGAAAAGCUUGGAAUUGGCGAUCUGUCGUUUCGAAGCCAGUGACAUAACCGGAGUGGUCGAACUGGAAGCCCUGCUCGCAGUUAACAAGCUCUGUCACAAACUCCUCUCCAGAUUCCUCGCCCUGGAUGAUUUCGACGCCAUGCUGAAGGAGGCCAACCACAACGUACUCGCUCCAUACGGUCGCAUCACGUUGCAUGUCUUUGUUGAACUGAACUAUGAUUUUCUAUCAAACUAUUGCUACAAUGCAGCUACUAAUCGCUUUGUUCGCAACAAACUCCAGAUCCCAUUUUCGGGAGCGAUCACUCGCGAGAAAGCUCCGGUCAUGUCCCACUAUUACCUGUGGGGUUCCAAACCACUUAAUGCAGCCUUCUCCACUCAGUACGGCCAGUACACGGGUUUCGUCGGAUCGUUCCACUUCCACGCAAUGUGCCGCUUGCUGGGAUAUCAAGGAAUCGCCGUUGUGAUGGACAUCAUUCUGAAAGAUAUCGUCAAACCGUUGAUUCAAGGCAAUCUUCUCCAGUUCACCAAAACACUCAUGUCCGCAAUGCCAAAAUCGUGCAAACUUCCACGCUGCGACUACGGGUCGCCCGGUGUGUUGAGCUACUACCAAGCCCAUCUCGUCGACAUCGUACAAUAUCCGGAUGCGAAAACUGAGCUGUUUCAACUGUUUCGAGAAUUGGGAAAUUCGCUGCUAUUUUGUUUGUUGAUCGAACAAGCUCUUUCGCAGGAGGAGGUGUGCGAUCUUUUGCAUGCGGCCCCAUUCCAGAACAUUUUGCCGAGACCGUACUGCAAGGAGGGCGAGAAGCCGGAAACCAAGCAGAAACGCCUGGAGACGAAGUAUGCAUCACUGCAGAUCGUGCCAAACAUUGAGAAGUUGGGAACGGCUAAGCAAGCGAUGAUUGCCCGCGAAGGAGAUCUGCUGACCCGCGAGCGCCUGUGCUGUGGUCUGAGCAUCUUUGAAGUCAUUCUCGGUCGUGUCAAAUCAUUCCUGGACGAUCCGGUGUGGGCGGGCCCUCCGCCGGUUAACGGCGUAAUGCACAUUGACGAGUGCUCCGAGUUCCAUCGGCUGUGGUCGGCGCUGCAAUUCGUGUAUUGCAUCCCCGUGGCCGGAACCGAGUAUACUGUGGAAGAACUGUUUGGCGAAGGACUUCAUUGGGCCGGUUGUGCAAUCAUCAUGCUGCUGAAUCAGCAGCGAAAGUUCGAAGCGUUGGACUUUUGCUACCAUAUUUUACGCGUGCAACGCGUCGAUGGCAAGGAUGAUACCGUGAAAGGAAUUAAUCUGAAACGCAUGGUCGACCGCAUCCGGCGCUUCCAGGUGCUGAACUCGCAAAUUUUCGCGAUCCUGAAUAAGUAUCUGAAGAGCAACGAUGUGGAGGGUUCGAACGUGGAACACGUGCGAUGUUUUCCGCCACCGCCACAUCCGACGAUGGUACCGUCGCACUAUCACGAUCCGAAUAAACUGCGGGCGCAGUAAAAAAAGAACCUAAUUAGGAUAACAAAGCUAUAUAGUAUGAAAAUUAUUCUCGAUUCGCCUAUCAUAGGAGACAGAAAUCAUAACAAUGAUUUUUAUAGUACUGUAUUCCAGUAGGCUAAGGUGUAGUACUCCAAUGACCAAACAUUUAUUUCGAUCGGAAUCGAUUAUAAUACGGAAAGUUAUAGGCAUUUUAUAACGAUGAAUGUUUCUGCGUUUACGUUUUAGUUUUUAUUUUAUAUAAAUAUUUAUUUUUGUAUUGAAAUUCGUAUUAUGUGUAUUUAGUUGCGUUAGAUACGUAUGUUUAAAAUUUAAGUAAUCGAUUGCUGAGCGGAUCAGAAAGAAUAUAAAUUAUCUACACUGAUGAA